CCCAAGCGCUGGAGAAGUUUAAAGAAGACCGUUCUCUGCCUUCUCUUCAGUUAUCCCCAUGGCUCCUUACUUCAUCUUGCAGUGGAUCCUAAUGGUCCUAUUUACAGGUCUCACAGUGUCAGGCUCUCCAGUGAGAGGAGUGGUGGGUCAGAACGUCACUUUGCCCUGUAAAUACCGAGUUAAUCACCAAAAUGACAUCACCACAAUGUGCUGGGGCCGGGGCAGCUGUCCUUCUUUCCAAUGUUCUCAGACAAUUCUCCGGACAGAUCGAUGGAGGGUAACAGAGCGUCAGUCCAGCAGGUACCGGUUAGAAGGGAAUCUCACUCAGGGGGACGUGUCCCUCACCAUAGUGAAUGCAGCAGAAGCAGACAGAGGGGUGUACUGCUGCCGUGUGGAGAUCCCUGGUUGGUUCAAUGAUGAGCGGAACAAUCUGGAAGUUGUGAUUGAGACAGCUAGGACCUCCACUGCAGGCCCUCAUGCUUACACACCUGAACACACCUCAGCUGCUGCGAAUGCCAGUGACACGUCUUCCACCAUCGCCCCACAAUGGCCAUUGGUUUUCAGUUCGGAAGCCCCUGAGGAUGUUUCAAUACAGACUGUGUUGACAUCAAUCCAUCAGCUAAUGGAACCAGAAUCCACGCGGUCAGGGAUGCAUAUUGGAAUCAGCAUUUUUGUGGUACUUCUAGUCAUCCUGGUUUUGGCCCUAAUUCUAUCCAAAAGGUAUUUCCCCAACAGACAGAAGCUGAAGACUUUGGCAAGCUCGGUCUCAUUUUCCAACGCAGAACAAGGAGGCUUCCAGAGCACGUUGGAAGCUGGGGUUCAUGCAGAAGAGAACAUUUAUACGAUGGACUAAGGAAUGAUUGGAUGCUUGCCCAUAUCAACACUGUGGCUUUAGCCAGUUACUACAAAACAAACACAGUUUAUACAGCACUCUAAACUAUAUGUUCUACUGACUUUGUUUGAUACAACUGAGAAUACUGAAGAUGGGUGCUCCUGGUGGAGGGCACAUGGACUGACAAACUGUUACUUGCAUCACUCCAGUUAAGCAAGAAGUGUCUACAACAGGAGUAGGCAACCUUUCAGAAGUGAAAAGAACAGGAGUACUUGUGGCACCCACUUCUUCGGAUGCACUUGGAUCUAAAACAGGGAGAAAUUAACCAUUCCCCUCCUUCCUCCCACCAACUCCUGGUGAAUACAAGUGGGCUGUAGUCCACGAAAGCUUAUGCUCUAAUAAAUUUGUUAGUCUCUAAGGUG